AUGGAAGAGAGCAGUGCCACCGAGGAGCCAUUCUCUUCGCCUGAAUAUAGCGAAAGGCUCAGAAACCACCUCAGUGAGAACGAUACGGCAAUGGAAUCUGCAACGGAGGCUAACGCUGCAAGUGGAUCUCCACAUGGGGGGACCGUCGAGACAAAUGGAUUCGUCUCUGAUACAUCAGCAGCUGUGGCCGGUUCGGAGCCCGAGGGGAGAGAAGAGGAGAGGGACACUGGCAGAGGUGGAAGUCCUCGUGCCUGCAUCUCCUGGCCUUCUGAGACAGAGGAGGACCCCGAGACGGAGCCCGGGGUGGAAUCAUCACUGAUAGACUGUUCCCCUCCCCCUCUCUCUUCUCCUGUUCAGUCCGACAUCAACGCAACUGCAAGUGAACCGACCAGCAAUGCCCCUCAGGCUGACAGCAUGUCUCCUCAUCACUGUGAAACCAUGACAACAGCUGAAACCACGACAACAGAAAAAAGAGCGAUAAGUCCAAUUUGUCCUCCAGAGCAACCACCGUUGUCACAUACCUUCAACACCUCUCCCCACACCACCGAGGAAAACAAAGACACAGACUCCACCAAGCCUGCCCAUGAUAUGACUCCGCCCGAAACUGGGCGGAGGAUGUCUCCGCCCGUCGUACAGAACCGACUCCCCGUGGGAAAGUCGGGGUUCGAUCGACAUCAGCAGUCGCGAAAACUCCUCACCACGCACAAACAGCACCCGAGAGAGGAGAAAAACGGAGGAGGAGGGUCAAAGAAGUGGUCCAGGCCGCUGGACCCCGGGUCCAGGGGGCGUGGCCUGUUUGAUGUGGACCCCCAGGAGGGAUCACGGAGGUCAAAGGUCGAUGGAAGACCCAGCGAUCGAGAUCCAGUAAAGCACGUUUCCUCGUCGGAGAUCAGGAAAGUGAAACCGAGGGUUCUGCCUCCAUCAGGCCACGUUCACCCUAGCAAGCCUGUGAGUGGAGACAGACAGAAACACCCAAACAGCAACAGACCUCGUGAGGACCAACUUCCUCGCCACUCCCGACCAUCGGAGCCACACCCAGUGGGCGGAGCUUGGGACCAGAGGGAGGUGGGGCCUGGCAAACCAAAAUGUCGUCCAUCAGACCAUGCGAAAGACUGGGAAGAGAUGAUGGCUGAGGAAGACCAGACAAAGGGGAGGGGGAAGGGGUACCUGAAUUCUCACGGGGGGUGGAGGGAGGAGCGGGGGUCCCCCACAGACCACAACCGGGAGAGAGGACACACCCCCAGCAAGCACAAGUCCCACCGAACCGACUCUUCCUCCAAGUCCGGUGUUAGGAAAUUGGCGCGAGUCGAGAAAGAUCAACACAAGCACGUCUCGGCGGCCGACAGCAGCGACGAGCGAGGAGCGGCAGCUGUCUUCAAGAGACACCGGGGAGGAGACGAAGAUUCCGACCACACCCCCUCGUCGAGACUGAAACACGGGUCGUCGGGGAGGAAGAGAUCUUACGAGAGUGUCUCCGAGGACGACGUCUUGGAAGAUUCCCGUUGCUCUAGCCGCGAGUCGAGUCUGGUGGCCGAAGAUCGUACGAGAACGGACAGACACUCUUCACAAGAGGCCGGAGGAGGGGAACAACGGUGGAGGAAAGAGGGGAAGAGGGUGGGUGGUGGGGAGGGAGGGGACGGAACGGAAGAGUUUGCGAGGCUGAAACACAAGAAACACAAGCACGACAGCAAGGAGCGACGGAAGUGGCGGAAACUGGCAGAAAGUGGCGGGGAACUGAAAGUGAAACGUAGUUCGGAUGACAAACCGCGGCUGAGCUACCAUAAACAUUGA